AUGCGUUACGCAAAUGAAACUAAUAAUUCGGCGCUUCCAGUCGGUGCAAAAUACUCUGAACUGUUUGAAACAAACAGGAUUAAUGGGAUGUGUUUACGUCUGAUGACGGAUGAGUGGCUACUUCGAUUAGGAGUAGUCAAUCAAAACGAUAGGUCAGCUCUUAUGAGUCAUAUAUAUCGGAUGCGUCUUAAGUACGAUUCUUCAGAUUUGUCGGAUAUGCUUAAAAACAACUAA